CUUUUAUUGUCUUUUGCCAGACUUGGCGCUCUCCUCUUUAAAUUGAAACAAAUUUACGACGUCAAUAUGGCGGAUAAAUGGAAAAGUAGUCCAAAAGAUGGAAGAAAUUCAACGGGGUUACAGUAUAAAAUUAAGAAUGAGCCAAUGGAUUCCGAUUUACCCGAGGAAGACGAGACCCCACUCGCUUUUGGACCUGCCGCGCUUGGACUGCACAGAGUUGGAACAAAGUUACCGCCGAAACCUGCACCUAGCGAACCUGUUCAGAAGCUGAACGCAAGAGGUAUGCCAGCACGUAUACGAAAGAAAAAUAGAUUUAUUUUCGUUGACGAUUUUAUAAAUACGUCUCCUCCGCCUCGGCAAUCUCCGAAACGAUUACCUAGACUGUUGAGUAAGUCUCCAACCAAAUCAUCGAGUGCUAAAAAACAAAAAUCUCCAACAAAGGGACAAAAACCUGGCGAUAGAUAUGAGGAAAAGGUUGCAUCACAAGGAAGUCAAUCUCCGGAUCGCAAAAGUGGACAAAGGAUAGGUAUGCGAUUAAGGAAUUUGUUAAAGUUACCUAAAGCGCAUAAAUGGGUAUGUUUUGAGUACUUCUACAGUAAUAUAGACAAGGCUCUAUUUGAAGGUGAAAAUGAUUUUAUGAUUUGUCUUAAAGAAUCCUUUCCCCAACUAACAGUUAAUCGAAAAUUGACACAAAUACAAUGGGCAAAAAUUAGGCGAAUGAUGGGUAAACCUCGAAGAUGCUCACAAGCUUUUUUUGCUGAGGAGCGCAAAGAGCUUGAAAGAAAAAGGAAAUUGAUACGAUAUAUACAACAAAGGAAAACUGCUGAUAUAUGUGUUAAAGAUUUACCUAAUGAAAUACCAAUGCAGUUAGUUGUUGGUACCAAAGUCACUGCAAGGUUGCGCAAGCCUCAAGAUGGACUGUUUACUGGGUGCAUAGAUGCUGUGGACACAUCUAACAAUACAUAUCGGAUAACAUUUGAGAGACCCAAACUUGGAACACACUCGGUACCGGAUUAUGAAGUGUUGUCUAACGAACCACCUGACACCAUUAAUCUCUCUUCAAUAACACAGAAAUUUAGACCUCGAUAUGUAAUGCAAGAAAUUUUUAAUCUGUAUCAACCAUCUUCCGGGUCCAAUAACACUAGUAAAAGUGACCCUUUAAUUGGAUGCAAUGAUAUUUCAAAGCAAAUGGAACCAAAUAUUGGUGGUUUUCCUUUCGACUUGCUUGAAUUAAUAGUAAAAUUAGCAAAAAUACUGCGAGCUAAAAGAAAUCAAAUAAAUAGAUUAAAGGAAUAUAAUAGUGAAGCAGAGAAAAGAAAACCAUUUGGCCAAAAACUGCCUGAAGAUUUUGAAAGGAAAUAUGCUGCAGUUGUUAUAGAACUGGAGAGAAUGAAUAUGGACUUGCAAGAUUAUAUCAAUCAGGUUCAGCAGUAUUGUCAACAAAUAGCACCAGGCCCUAGUCUUGCUGCUAUGUUGGCACCUUCUCAUCUUAGAGAAAAAUGUCGGGAGGAGGCAUCAUUGCUUGUGGAGAAGAAUAAUAACGGCACUUUAAAGGAUGCUAACAUUAUUGACCUCAUAACAGAUUUAACUGCCCUUAUGCUACAAGUGAAAAGCUUGUCUGAUUCAGAUCAAAAUGCAUAUGAACUAAGUGUCUUACAGGGUACCAUGGAUCAAAUAAAAAUGAAGCUUGAACCUCAGCAUCAAAGAUUGUUCCAAAGUAAUGUUGAGAUUCACAUGCAAAGAAUUCAGAUGGGCUUAGGGCAGAUGUCAAAUAGUUAUGUUGCUGGCACAUAAUGAUGUAGACUCGUACUUUUUAACAAAUUAUAUUUAUUGUUACAAAGCUUGUCUGCAAAUGAAUUGGUGUUAGAUAGAAAAUCUUACAAUUAACACUUGUAUGCAGAGUCUGAAAGAUAGAUGGAAUAAAAUAAUAUAAUUAAGAGCCCUGCUAUAUAUCUUAAUAUGUAAAUAAACCAUGUUUU